AUCAGGUGGGGGGAAACCGCCAUGUGCAGACACCUGGCGAAGUAGGGAGCAGCUCAGGGCUUGGCCUUUCUAGGGGGCGCUUACAGAAUAACCUCCCCCUUCCCGCUGAGCCGUCACGCUGAGGUCCUGAGGGUGGAUCGUUAAAGAUCCCUCGUCACUUCCCGCCCUAGGAGGAAGCAUGGCCUUGUGGGUAGGUACUGAGCUGGGAUGCAGAAGGUCUGACUUCAGUCCCCAGCGUUCACUCUGUCCUUGGGCAAGUCACUUUGCUGCUUGGUGCCUCAGUUUCCCCUCCACCCUCUCUCUGGCCUAUUUAGAUUGAGCGCUUCAGGGCAAGAACAUCGCCCACACAGCACCUAGAACAGUGGAGUCCUGGGGUCCGAGGGGGCCUCUUGCCACUACCAUGGUAGAAAAAAAGCAGCAUGUUAACCCCUCCAAUCCUGGCUAAAUUCCACUUCCAUGCACGACAUUCUUUCUCGCUGCACUUUCAGUUGAAUGCAAUUUUUCUACGUCUCUGGCCCUGUUCUACUGGGUUUCUGUGCACUGAGAGAGCUGCUGCAUCUCACCCCAGAGGUGGCUGCCUUUCAGUGGUGGGCAAAGUAUAUAACCAUAGCCAGUUUUGCACCUGCCCCUUUCGCAUGUGGCUAUCCCUGUGCAUUAGAACCCUGGGUAAAAUGCUACCCCCUCCCUUUUUACUACUAGGGGCGGAGGGGGAUUAAUCCGCUUUGCCCAGCACCCCACAGGGAAUUGGGAAUAAAGCUGGGAUUAGAAAACAAAAUUCCUCACUCCCAGGCUCCUGUCUGACCAUUAGGCAAAUCUGCCUCCUCACAAGAGAACCCAAGAGUCCCGACUCCCAGAAUUGUGUUUUCUGCCUUCUAGGCAGCACUCCAGGAUGGGACUGGGACCCAGAAAUCCUGCUUUAACCACUAGGCCACAAUGCUAGCUCACCUCUUAUCUCUGAGGGUUAGAGAGCACUGAGAUCCCAGAAUGGGGCAGUGCCGUUACUUUGAUGGUGCUCCGGCCUGUCCUCACCUCUCCUUAUCUUCCAGCCUGCAACGUCACCAUUCACAACCGCUGCAAGGACACCCUGCCCAACUGCACCAAGGUCAAGCAGAAGCAACAGAAAGCCGCCCUGCUGAAGAACAACUCCGCGCUGCAGAGCGUGUCCCUGCGGAACAAGACAGCCACGAGGGAGCGUCCCAACUCAGCCAUCUACCCCUCGGAGAGCUUCCGCCAGACCCUGCUGGGCUCCCGCCGGGGGCGGCCCACCCUGUCCCUCUCCAAAAGCGUCUCCACCACCAACAUUGCAGGGAACUUCAAACAUGAGUCUCCCCUGGGCCUCCGGCGCAUCCUGUCCCAGUCCACCGACUCCCUGAACAUGCGCAACCGGACGCUGUCGGUGGAGUCGCUGAUCGACGAAGGGGCCGAAUUCGUCUACAGCCAGCUGAUGAGCGACUUCGAGACGGAUGAGAAGGACUUUGAGGCCGACUCCUGGAGCCUGGCGGUCGACAACAACUACCUGCAGCAGCACAAGAAGGAGGUGAUGAAGCGCCAGGACGUCAUCUAUGAGCUGAUCCAGACGGAGCUGCACCACGUCCGCACCCUGAAGAUCAUGACCAACAUGUUCCGCAAGGGGAUGCUGGAGGACUUGCAGAUGGACCCGGCCCUGGUGCAGAGCAUGUUCCCCUGCGUGGACGAGCUGAGCGACGUCCACGACCGCUUCCUCACGCAGCUGCUGGUGGGGAGCAAGGAGUCGCUGGCCAACGGCCGCAACAAGAACAUUAGGGUCUCACUCCCUGCCCGUGUGUCCGGCCCGCAGUUCUCCGGCCACAGCGCCGAGCAGAUGAAGAAGGCCUAUGCGGAGUUCUGCAGCCGGCACACCAAGGCCGUGAAGCUCUACAAGGAGCUGUUUGCCCGGGACAAAAGGUUCCAGCAGUUCAUACGGAGGCUGACCCGCUCCUCGGUGCUGCGCCGGCACGGGGUGCAGGAGUGCAUCCUGCUGGUCACCCAGCGCAUCACCAAGUACCCCGUCCUCAUCGACCGCAUCCUGCAGAACAGCAAAGGGAACGAGGUGGAUCAGCGGGACCUGGGCAUGGCCCUGACGCUGGUCAAGGACCUGAUCUCGGCCAUCGACCUGGAGGUGCACGAGCAGGAGAAGAGCGCGCGGCUGCAGGAGAUCUACGGGCGCGUGGACGGGCGGGUCAAGGCCCAGCUACUCUGGGAGGGCUUCAGCGGCUUCUUCAGCAAGGACGAGCUGCUGCGCCGCAAGCUGGUGCACGACGGCUGCCUGCUAUGGAAGACGGCAACCGGGCGUUUCAAAGAUAUCCUGGUGCUGCUGAUGACCGACGUCCUCAUCUUCCUCCAGGAGAAGGACCAGAAAUUCACCUUCCCCGCCCUGGACAAGCCGGCGGUGAUCUCCCUGCAGAACCUGAUCGUCCGGGACAUCGCCAACCAGGAGAAGGGCAUGUUCCUGCUCAGCGGCACCCCGCCGGAGAUGUACGAGGUGCACGCCGCCUCCCGCGACGACCGCAACACCUGGAUGAAGGUCAUCCAGCAAACCGUCCGCCUGUGCCCCAGUCGCCAGGACUUCCCCCUCAUCGAGACAGAGACCGAGGCCUCCCUGCGCAAGCUGAAAGACCAGAUGGCACAGCGGGACCGAGAGAUCACCGAGCUGCUGGAGGAGAAGGUGGGGCUGUUCACGGAAAUGCUCAGUCUUCAGAGCGGCUGCGAGGACCCCCCAGCCUGCCCAGCCCCCCGCACCCUCUUCCGGGCCGAGUCACUGGAAGGGCCCCGUGGGGAGAAGCUGCUCAACGAAGCCAUCCGCGAAGUGGAGUGCUUGAAGGAUCUCUUCAUGGGAGCCGGGAGGGACUGGGACCAGAACCACCCUGCUGAUCCCGAUGGCACGGGCUCCAACAACACCACAAAUGGCGAGACCAGCAGCCUCAAUGGUGCCUCGGAGCUCUGCCUGGCCGACUCGGACUCGGGCCAGCGGGACGGGAACGGUAACCAGCUGCAGCAGAAGGUACCCCGUGAGGAGUUGAUUGACCGGCUUGCGACCCUCUAUGGCCUCCUCCAUGGCUUGCAGGUCUGUGCCAUCGAAUCUCCCUCCUCUCCCAUAUUCCCCCUGGCUGGAGGAGUCCCAACCUAUGCGCCUCAUCAGCAGGGUGGCCGGUGGGAGAAGGUGUCGCGUGCCAACUCCCGCAAGGGGGUGCUGGGGCAGCUGGCACCCAAGGCCCAGGAAAAGCAGGCCACGGAGCUGGCGCUGCUGCAGAAGCAGCACGUGCUGCUCCAGGAGGAGCUGAGCCGCUGCCGGCAGCUGUGCCAGGAGAAGGUGCAGGAGGUCGGGUCUCUGGAGGCCCGGCUGCGGGAGAGCGAGCAGGAGCGGGCCCGGCUGGAGCGCGAGGUGGAGGAGACCCGCCGGCAGGUGGUGGCGCUGCGGUCGGAAGGGGGCGUGACCGAGGGCAUGUGGAUCCGGAAGGGGGCAGAUCCUCGGAGGCGGAGCUUGCCCGCAGGAGACGCCCUGUAUUUCAGCUUCACCCCGCCCCAGGUAGGUUACCCACGAUGCACGGCGUGGGGUGCGGUGCUGUGUGCCCAAUGCUCAAGGCCUGGCACUCGGGGGGGGGGAAGCACUAACAGCCGUGUUGCCCCUGCACUGAAAUGGGAAGGUGGCCGGGAGCCUUUUCUGCGGUUUCCCUCUUCUGGAGACUCAGCAUUUGCGCCUUGUUCAUACCCUUACCCAGCACUGGCAGCUCAGAGGGGCCUUAAAAUGAGGGUGCUGGCUAGUUCUGGUGCCCAUGGUCAGUCGGUGCCCUGCCCCAGACAGCAAGUGCAGGAUCAGGGUGCAAAAAAUUCUGGGUGCAGUUUGAUUUGGGGGUGGAAAACACCCCAGCCAACGUUCCCACUGAACUUUUCCAUCCAUGUGCAGAAUAAUUUUGUGAUGUGCACCAAGGCGCAUGCGUGUGAAGCCCACAGAGGAACCAGCCACGGCCCGCGGGAGGAGCCGGGUUACUGCGACGGCCCCGAGCGGCUGCAGGAGUGCGACGAGGACUCAGAGGCGUUGUCUGAGGACGAGGACGUGGCCUGCCAUCACUCCCCGCCUUCCAGCCCUCGAGAGUUUUCAAGGAUGCAGGACAUUCCGGAGGAGGUGGAGAGCAGCCAAGAGCUCAAAGACGGGGAGGGCGGUUCCUUGGACAGUUAGAAACAGGCACCAACUCUCCGCCUGCCCGUUGCCGAGUGGCUGACGCGGUUGCUGCAGACUUCCCUGGAGCUGCAGGGGGAAGACAAGAGACUCUGGGAAAAACUGCACCAAAUAGAAACCAAAUCGUGGAGGGGGAGGAGGACCACGGCCGGACCCUGGGCUGUUUUUUUAAUCUCUUCGAGCCCCAGCUCCGUUUUUUUCCUUCCCUGGGGGAAGGGAGCCGUCUGGUUUGCCAUGCCCCUCCCCCCCUUCCCAUGAUUAAUUUAUUUAUUUUGUUUGUCGAGGCGGGAGGGGGCGGCCCCUGCUGAGGGCUUGCAUGACUUUGCCAUCCCUUGGCUGGGAGACGAUCAAACCUUGGGAGGAAGCCACGUGUCUCUGAUGUCUUCAAGCGUUCAUUUCCCCCUAGCUGGUACGGUCAGAUGCCAGCUGGAUGACACCUCCCGUCUGGGUCCAUUCUCUGUGAAGUUGCACGAAGCUCACACUAGACGUGCCUGUUCGAAAGCGCACGCAAGCCAACACUAGAGGGGCAUCCUGGUAGGCUGGGGGGGAAGGAUUUAACCCCUCGUGCUGCGCUGCCCAGCAGCAAUGCCUGGAAGGUCCAGUGGUCAAGAGGGAUGUUCUGCUGGGAAGGCCGGCAUUGAAGUGGUUAAUAAUGCAAGAUGCUGCUCGCCCCAGUUGACUCGGGAUCGUCAUUGAGCCACGACAAGUGCGAGCCACUCUGGGGAGGAGCCUGGACUGUGUGUAACAUCGGGGGAGGGAGCAAGGAACAGACUUCCUGCUCCAGCCUCACCUGUUUUCAAUACUCUCGAACAGCUGCCGGGCAGCAUCCCUUAGAGCAGGGCUACUCAACUUCGGAAGCCUCAGGGGCCACAAGGAUACUCCCCACACAUGCCAAGGGCUGCAACUUAAGUGUGGUUGCAUGUACAUGCAAAUAUAUGCAAAUUGCUUCUUUCAUACUGACAGGCAUGAAUACAAAGAUUAAGCCUUAAGCUGCAGCACUGGACCCAAACGUGGCCAGUGUGAGCCAAUCAGCCCCUCUCAAGCUC